UCAUUUUCCAAAGCUCUAUGUGGGAUUAAGAGGUCCCACAUCUCUCUUCCCCCGCACGGGAGGAACGAAGCACUAGACCCGGGCCGCAGACCCAGGAACGCUCAAUGGAGCCCGAAAGUGAGCACAUGAGCAUUUUUAAAACCUGUUGGGGGGCUUUGGUGACCAACAAAAAAGAAAUGUGAAAGAGCUUUGAAAAAUGAAAAACAAUACUCCUAAAGAAAGCGAUGAAUCUUCUAGUGUUUUCCUGCUGCACUGACAGUGGCUGCUGCUCAGAUAACAGUCUCGAGGACCAUUUACAGACUGUACUAAUAUCUCCAAACAACACCAAGACUAUCGCUCAAAGAAGAUUUGAAACUGUUUGCAAAUUCCACCAGACAGAAGCUCUAAAUAAUGAAAGUGAACCAUUUCAAAAUGAUGGUGAACAGUUAUCCUCUACAAGGCAAGCAGUACCACAAAGCCCAUUUUGUGGUUCUGCCAAUCACAGCAGAGUAAAAAAGGAAGAAAAUCCAGAGCAAAAUGACACAUUGAUAUUUUUUAUCAAAAAAGAUGUGCGUACUGAAGAAACUCUGGCAAACUCUCCCAAUAGUUCACUUCUGAAGGUCUAUGAUGAAUUUGCAUUGCCUCUCCCAAUAACAGAAGAAUCAUUGCUUGACAGCAUUAUUAAGGACACCUCCCUAAACCUCACGAAGACCUCGAGCUUCUUGUAUGAGAAUAACAUGUGCACAGAGGUUGGGGAAUCACUUCUUAAAGAAGGGCUUGACCAGACUGCUAUUCAUAAAGCCAAGAUUGAUGCUGAGCAAUAUGUUGAACACACAAAGAACUCAGGAGAUACCAGCAUUCUACAUUUGCCAUGCCCUCUGGACAAAAACAAAGACUUUGUUCAAGAUCUGAUGCAGUCAAAUAGAUGUGACCGAAAAAACAGAAUGAGUAACAUUGUUUGUCGUCAGUUAGAUGGGGAAAAUCACAGCUAUUGCCUUCAAAUUAGAAGCGUGAGCAGUCCUUCAUUUUCAUCAAAUGUUUUUGUUAAUCCAAGGGAAUCCCAGAAUGCUAGGGAGGCUCCUGAGAAGUCAAACAUUUGUCCAAAGGAAGUAAGGACAGAGUCUCCAAACCACCAUGAGAAUUUCCUGACUUAUUUCACUGACACCAGUACUUGGAGUGAGGCAUCUAUAGAGGACUUCAAUCCCCAAGAUACAAAGCAUGGUUCUGAAAGUUUGCAGCCCCUGGAGGAAACCCAUAUAGAUUUGAAUGAUGUCAUAAAUUCGUUAAAACAAGAUAACCAUAAGCAGCAAAGUAAAAUAACAGAACUAGAGUGUAGUAACUUCUAUUUAGAGAAUAAUGUCAAAGAGCUACAAAUGAAAAUUUCCAAACAACAGGUUUUUGUUGACAUCAUAAAUAAACUGAAGAAGAAUGUUGAAGAGCUUAUUGAAGACAAGUACAGGGUUAUCCUAGAAAAAAAUGAUAUUGAAAACUCCUUGAAGAAUUUGCAGAAGGUUUCGACUGAAAUACAAAAACAGCUUGAGGAAUCUAUGCUGGAAAAGAACACUUUAAUAUUAGAGCUUAAAAAGAUGAAAAAAGAUUAUGGUCUUCUUCAGGAGAAGCAUAAGAAUGAGUUAGAGCUAAAGAAUAAGUCCAUAAAUUUUUUUUUAGAAAUGGACAAAACCUUAAACAAGAAAGAGGAAGAAAUAGGGAGGUUACAAAGUCUCAGAGGAGAACUGGAGAAAGCAACUUCCACUAGGGAAUUACUCCAAGUAGAAUUCCAGAGACGUGAGGAAGUCAAGACGCAGGAACGGCAGGAGUUGAAGUCCAAUCUUGGCAAAUUGGUUGCUCAAGUUAAAGUUUUGCAGUCAAGUUCUGAAAAUGAAAGGGCUAAGAAUGCCAAGUUACAGCAGCAGAUCAAUGAGGUAAAAAAUGAGAAUACAAAAUUUCAGCAGCAAAUUGCAGAGAGUGAGGAGCAAAAUUAUAACUGGAAACUUGAAACAGUUCAGUGGAAGCAACAGCUGGAAGAAAUAAUGAAAUCAAACAUUGCAAAGAAGGAAGUAUUAAAGAAAAAAGAAAGAGAGCUGGAGUGGAAGAUACGCAUGUUGGGGAGGUUUCUGCAGGACAUGAAGACAAUGCAUUCAAAUUUGUUCCUGGACUGCCCGCCUUUUGAAGAAGAGAGUUUAAAUUCACCACAUAUGAAAAAAACUUCUCAGUUUGUAUCGAAGAUGCACAAUUUAAUGGCUCUGAUGAUGGGACUGCUUACCUGUGAGGAUACAGAUAGUCCUGAUAAUGAACAUUUGCAGGACAGUGAGAAUAUUUACGAAAAAAUGAAGCGUUUCAACUCUGAGAAAAAAAGUUUGGAAAAAGAGCUACUGAAACAUAAGGAAAGAAUCGCAACCUUUAGGGAGUUAAUUGCUAAUGAAAAAAUUUCUCAAGAAAAUGUUUUUGAGGGCAGAGACACUGAUUUAGAAGAACUCGAAAAUUAUACGAACGUGCCUGACUUAUUAGGCACCAAAUUAAAUCAGUACCAUGAUCUAAAUGAAGAGCUUAAUUCCCUGUCUCCAGGCCUGAGGUGGGAGAAAAAGCUGCAAGCAAAGUACCUCCAGGAUCUACUGAGAGGCCGAGGCUGAAUAUGGGGACUUUAUUAGAAGCAAACAUGGAAGGAUCAAAUGGAGUCUGAAGAGAAGAGGAUUGUGGUUUGGGUAGGAGACUGACGUGUUUCACUUUAAGGCUGCCAAGUUGCCAUAAUCUGUCAAACUCGGUUUCUUUGCAAAGAUGAGCAUGAUUUUUAUAAAAGCCUGGCAGUGUCAUGCCUGCAUAGUCUUCCAGCUGGUUCUCACUGGACUGGCACCUGAAUGGCUCCCUGACACCAGCCAUAGCAUCCUCUCCAGGCCAGUGGUCUCCACACACCCCCAUCCCCCAUGCAUAUCUUUACUUAUUCAUAAAUUACAUACAUGUACUAAUACUUAAAUACAUUGCAAAACAAAAAUGGAAAGAAUGAGAUAAAGAUUAAGUAUUUAAUCCUAGAGUAAUAUGAGUUGAUUUUAUCCCCACUAAAGGUCAGGUCUGCUACAUUCCCUUCCCCCACCUCCAGAGUUCUUUAGUACCUUUAAGGAGUUGGGAAGAUUUCUUAACUAUUGGUUUGAGCCCACAUCAAUUAUAUCACUACCCUAUUUUUAGAGACCCAAUGAUUAGUAUUUCAGUUCCAUUUAGCCACCUAAAAUCAUAUCAGAUUUUAUAAAGGAAUAUUUACUUAAAAGAUAUAGCAGGAACAAACAUAUAAAAGUUUCUUUCUGUACCUCAAGGGCAAAUACUCCCCUCCAUACACAACAAUUGCACCUCAGUCUCUGAGAGGGGAAGAAAACUAGGCUUACAGUUUAGUUCAGUUCCUAUAUAGCAUUAAUCCCACAAAGUUCACAUCCAAAGUCAGUACUACAGGGCAGCUAGGUGGCACAAUGGAUAGAACACGAGCCCUGAA